UUAAAGUACUCCUAAGCACGUCAGCCCCAAACACGUUAGGCCCCAAAGAAAUGCACGGCGGACCAACUCUAGCAUCACCUAACGGAUAAUACCCACCUAACUAACUUUUUACAGCCAUGAUGGAGCUUUCUUAUCAGUCUAUGAAAAUCGCCCAUCAGGCCCGAGAGGCGGAUGAGCAGAGGACAGAGAUGAGGAAGAAAAGCCUCCUCAUCCUCAUCUAUCACCACCUACUGGGGCAAGGUUAUGUAGCUGCAGCAGUGGCCUUGGACCAGGAGACAAAUGGAGGUGUGAGGAGGUUCGAGGUUAGUGAUAACAUCGAUCUGGAGAUGGUGCUGAUGGAGUACGAGAGCUACCACUACAUCAAAUUCCAGAAGUAUCCCAAACUUAUAAGAAGAAUAGCAGAAACAGGUGAAAGAAGACGGAGUACAGCCAAGAGAAGUCCCUGUUCAGCUGGGAAACCUCUUCCAAAAAUCAACCCAUCCCAGAACCCACACUCCAGAAAUGGAGCCAAGAAGGCAGCCACUAGUGAUAAUGAUGGAUCUCUUGCUCCAGAGUCGUCAGAAUUUGGUCUCAGCAUUUCCUCCAUCAAAAAUGGACCAGCUGGAGAGUCCGCCACGAACAGGAAGGGACAGAUGACUGAUGUCAAAGGUACAAUCCAGGAUGUUGUCAGAGGAGCUGGCAUUAACUCAGACCACAUGGAACGGCUACUGAAGCCCCUCAGUGGCUUUUCUGGAAUGAGCGGUGAGAUGAGGGAACUAGCUGCAAUCAUCAGCAGGGACAUCUAUUUGCACAGCCCCAAUGUGCGAUGGGAGGACAUCAUCGGUCUGGAAGAUGCCAAGCGAUUAGUCAAAGAGGCCGUCGUUUAUCCCAUUAAGUAUCCCCAACUCUUUACAGGCAUCCUGUCUCCAUGGAAGGGUUUACUACUCUAUGGCCCUCCAGGCACAGGUAAGACAUUGCUGGCCAAGGCCGUGGCUACAGAGUGUAAGACAACCUUCUUCAACAUCUCAGCUUCCAGCAUCGUCAGCAAGUGGAGGGGAGACUCUGAGAAACUGGUCAGGGUCCUAUUUGAGCUGGCCAGGUACCACGCGCCAUCCACCAUCUUCCUGGAUGAGCUUGAGUCAGUGAUGGGCCAGAGAGGAAGCAGCAUGGGAGGCGAGCACGAGGGGAGUCGCAGGAUGAAGACGGAGUUGCUGGUUCAGAUGGAUGGACUGGCCCGUUCAGAUGACUUGGUGUUUGUACUUGCUGCCUCCAACCUACCUUGGGAACUGGACCAUGCAAUGCUGAGGAGGUUAGAGAAGAGGAUUCUAGUAAGUCUCCCCUCUUCACCAGCCCGCCAAGCCAUGAUUUCUCACUGGCUGCCUCCUCUCAGCUGCACAGGAGGGGUGGAGCUACGGACUGCGCUGGACUAUGAAACACUGGCAAAGGAGAUGGAGGGCUACUCUGGCUCUGACAUAAGACUGGUAUGUAAGGAAGCUGCCAUGAGACCAGUUCGAAAGAUCUUUGAUGCUCUGGAGUCGCAUCAGGAUGAUGAUACAGAAAUGCCUCCCAUCCAACUGGAAACUGUAACGACAGCCGAUUUUCUGGACGUGACUAAACACACCAAACCCUCAGCACGAAACCUGAUGGACAGAUACACAGCCUGGGAGAGAGAGUACAAGUCUGUCUAAUACUCGUACACAUAACAUGAAGGGAAAGGACUUUUAUACUAGCAUCACUAAAUGUGUAGAUAACUUGUUUUUACUGUUACAAAUUUACAUCCUGUACUAUGCUAAUAAUUUAUGCUAAUAACUAUUUAUUAGUGUAAACUCUUUCCUAAGCUUUAGAUAUUUGCGACAUGUUACCGUAGGCUGGAGCUGUGCACAUUUUAAUAGCUGAGGAGCUUUGAAAAACAUGCAGGAAAUAUAAAAAGAAGUACUUAACAAGUAAGCUGAUACUCUGAGCCUAUGACACUAUUUUACUUGAAGCACAUU